AAGCAUCAAUGUGGAGUUCAUGGUGCGUUUCAAAGCACCCGUUUCCAACGAUACCGUCCUGGCUGUGUUGUCUGGGAAGACAAACAUUGGUGAUCUGGAGAUAGAUGACACAGUCACCAGCAUCACAGGGGUAACUGAAGAUAAACACAAUGCAGCAUGGUACAACGACCCGAUUUACAUCUCAGUCAUCUGUGUCGGAGCUGCAGUCUUCGUCACAGUUAUUGUAGUACUUGUGAUUUGCUGUGCUACAAAGAGCCGUCGCAAGCCCACGCCAAGGCGCAAGCAAUGGCCUUCAGAAAGAGUACAACAGAGCAUGCUGAUUCCACGAGCGAAGCUCUCGCGAGAACCUGCGAGACAGAUGUACCAGAACCCUGUGUACAGCGUCAACGAAUGAUUAGAAACAUGUACAUGUAAUAAAUGUCCCACCAACGUUCCAAGAAAAGUGGAAACGUAAAAUUCUUUAAUUUCCAACUAUGAUCAGUUUUUAAAAAAGAUGAUCAAUUGAGGAAGGCAUGUUAGAUGCAACUACAUUUGUUGCUGUGAAUUGCUUUUGCGAU